GCAUGCGGAAACAAAUGCACCUGGCGGUGAGAGCAAAUCAAAGUCCUUUGUCCAUUCCUGAAGCGCAUCUUUGAUUGUACGUACGUUGGUCGCAUGUUCUUUGAUGCUCACGGCGGCAACAAUGGAGUGCGCCGCGCGUACGUCUAUAUAUGAAGCCUCACACUGGUCCGUCCAUGGCAUCACGAAGAUGGAGGACAUCGUGUACCUCUUCCUGGCCCUCGGGUCGCUGCUCGUGGUGCUCCUCGCCAGGCGUGGCAGGCGCAGCUCCGUGGACGGCGAGGUCAAGCUGCGGCUGCCGCCGGGGCCGUGGACGCUGCCGGUGAUCGGCAGCAUGCACCACAUCGCCGGGGCGCUCCCUCACCGUGCGAUGCGCGACCUGGCGCGGCGGCACGGGUGGCCCGUCAUGCUGCUCCGGCUCGGCGAGGUGCCCACGCUGGUGGUGUCGUCCCGGGAGGGCGCGCGCGAGGUGAUGAAGACCCACGACGCGGCCUUCGCCACGCGCCCGCUGAGCUCCACCGUGCGCGUGCUCACCAACGGCGGCCGGGACAUCAUCUUCGCGCCCUACGGCGACCACUGGCGCCAGAUGCGCAAGAUCGCCGUCACCGAGCUCCUCACGGCGCGGCGCGUGCUGUCGUUCCGAGCCAUCCGGGAGGAGGAGGUCGGCGCCAUGCUCCGCUCCGUCGCGUCGGCCGCCGGGAACGGGGACGUGAUCGACAUGCGCGCGCGGCUGUCGGUGCUCGUGGCGGACAGCACGGUGCGCGCCGUCAUGGGCGACCGGUGCAAGGACCGCGACGUGUUCAUCCGGGAGCUCGACCGUUCCAUCGGCCUAGCCGGCGGGUUCAACCCGGCUGACCUGUGGCCGUCGUCACGGCUCGCCGUCUGGGCCAGCGGUGCCGUCCGACGCGCCGAGGAGUGCCGCGACACCGUGUUCGGGAUCCUCGACGGCAUCAUCGCCGAGCACCAGCAGAGGAUGGGCACCGUCGAAGGCGACGACGAGGACCUCAUCGACGUGCUCCUGAGGGUACAGAACGACGGCAGCCUUCAGCUCCCUCUCGACAUGGACUCCAUCAAAGCCGUCAUCUUCGACAUCUUCGGCGCCGGCAGCGAGACGUCGGCGACGACGCUGGAGUGGAUAAUAGCGGAGCUGGUGAAGAACCCAAAGGUGAUGCAUCGGGCGACUACGGAGGUGCGGCGAGCCUUCGAGGCCGGCGGGAAGGUGGUCGAGCAACAGCUGGGCGAGCUCGUCCCGUACCUGCACCUCGUGAUCCGGGAGACGUUCCGGCUGCACACGCCGCUGCCGCUGCUGCUCCCGCGGGAGUGCCGGGAGGAGCCGGCGUGCAAGGUGCUCGGGUACGACGUGCCGCGGGGCACGCAGGUGCUGGUCAACGUCUGGGCGCUGGGCCGCGACGAGCGGUACUGGCCCGACGCGCCCGAGGAGUUCCGGCCGGAGAGGUUCGAGGCCAAGUCGGCGGCGGCGGGGGUGGACUUCAGGGGCGCGGACUUCGAGCUCCUGCCGUUCGGCGCCGGCAGGAGGAUGUGCCCCGGGAUGGCGUUCGGGCUGGCCAACGUGGAGCUGGCGCUGGCGAGCCUGCUGCUGCACUUCGACUGGGAGGCGCCCGGCGUGGCUGACCCGGCCGAGUUCGACAUGACGGAGGCGUUCGGCAUCACCGCGCGGCGGAAGGCCGGCCUGCUGCUCCGCCCCGUCCUGCGCGUGCCCGUCCCCGGUGUCUAGCUAGUUCACGAUGUAGCCAGCCGGCCGUCACGUGCGCAAACCACAUGUAUCUCCAUGUAGUACAUGUAUGGGCAAGCGAGCCGAUCUGGUUCAGUUUGACAGUGUGCUGUAAAAUAACGGACCCUCUAGUCGCAAGUUGCCAAGUUGAUUCAA